CCUACUAUGCUAACUCUAUCAAAGAACACUGCAAAUAUGGAUUCUCCUCUCCUCCAUGAAAUCAAAAAGCAAGCUUCUUUCUUCUUCAAGGACAAGAUCAAAACUGCUAGGUUAAUAUUGACAGAUGUUACUCCAGUUGAACUGUGAGUUUUCAUUUAAUGACAGAAGAAGCUACUAGUGAAACUCCCUGGCCUCCAGAGACUCGUACCAUGGGAGUAAUAUCAAGAGCGGCCUUUGAAGUUGAUGAUUAUGAGAGAAUUGUGGAGAUUUUGCAUAAGAGGUUGCAGAAAUUUGAUAAAAGCAAAUGGAGAGUCUCAUACAAAGCUCUGAUUCUUCUGGAACAUCUUCUAACUCAUGGACCUCUAAGAGUAUCUGAGGAGUUUCAGUGUGAUGAAGACAUUAUCAAAGAGAUAGGACAAUUUCAGUACAUUGAUGACAGAGGGUUCAACUGGGGCAUGAGAGUUAGAAAAUUAUCAGAGAGAAUAACAAAGCUCCUGGAAAACAAUGAACUUUUAAGAGAGGAAAGAGCAAGAGCUCGAGAACUUUCUCGAGGUAUCGAAGGCUUUGGAAGCUUCAGCAAUCGUACUUCUGCCGUCAAUGGAAACUUCACUGCCUUGCCUUCUAAGAAAUAUAAAAAAUGUAAUUCUUACUGUGGUUUCCCUGAAAGUGAGGGAUAUGGUUUCGUGAGCUUAGACAAGAAACUAAGUAUUGCAGAUGGAAACUUGGAAAAGCAACAAGUUCACAAAAACAUGGACGAGAAACUCCUAAAGCAAGAAAACAAGGCAAAUUUCGGAGAAGACUUUAAGAUUGAUCAUCCCUUUGUAGAACAAGAGAACUUCACUCAGACAUCUUUGCUUUCUAUGUAACAUAUCAUGUGCAUGUAAAUAGUUUGGCGUAUGACUUGUGAUCCAUAGUUCUCAGCUCCUAAAUUAUAGCAAGUGGUUUUGGUGUAUGGCUUGUGAUCCAUACAGUUCCUAAAUUAUAGCAUGUAAGUAGUUUUGGUGUAUGACUUGUUAUCCAUAUUUCUCAAGUCGUCAUGGUUCAUAAUAAUAGGUAAAAGAAUCAAAUUUUUCUCUA